AUGGUGUUCCGUGAGUUGAUUGCUGUUGCCAUUAUAGAGCAUGAUCUUCUUUACUCAUUUGUUGAAUGUAGAAGGAUUAGGGAAGCUUUUGCAUAUGUCAAUCCGAGUAUUGAGUUUUGGAGUAGGAAUACUGCAGUUGCUGAUGUUCUGAAAUUUUUUGAGAAGAAGACAAACAAACUUAAGCAGAUUUUGAGUGAAAUUCCGGGUCGAGUUUGUUUUACAACUGAUUUGUGGAGAGCAAUAACCGUGGAAGGUUAUAUGUGUUUAACUGCACAUUACAUUGAUGCAAAUUGGAACUUGCAAGCCAAAAUAAUAUCGUUUUGUGCUUUUCCUCCACCUCAUUCUGGUGUUGCAUUGGGUAUGAAGUUGAAAGCAUGGGGGUGUGUAGCUCAUAUUUUGAAUCUGAUAGUUCAAGAUGGAUUAGAUGUGAUAGAGAAAGCUUUAGAUAAAAUUAGGGAAAGUGUCAAGUUUGUGAGGAUUUCAGAGUCUCGAGAACAGAUGUUCCAAGGGUGUGUUGAAACUGUUGGGAUUCAUACUAAAGCUGGUCUUGUUAUGGAUGUGAGAACAUGUUGGAACUCAACCCAUCUAAUGUUGUCUAGAGCGAUCCAAUUUAAAGAUGUGCUGCGUAAUCUUGCUGAAGUGGAGCCGAGUUAUAAGUGGUUUCCGUUUGAAUUGGAGUGGUCUAGAGCAGAGCUUAUAUGCGAGUUCUUGAGGCCAUUUGAUGAAAUAACAAAAAUUGUUUCAGGCUCUAAAUAUCCUACUGCGAAUCUGUACUUUAUGCAAGUUUGGAAAAUUGAAAGUUGGCUUGAAGUUCAUGCAAUAUAUGAGGAUGAGACCAUUUGUGAAAUGGUGGACACCAUGAAGCGGAAGUUUGACAAAUAUUGGAAAGACUACAGUGAUAUACUUGUGAUUGCUGCUGUUUUGGAUCCAAGGUUGAAGUUCACUUGUUUAGAAUACUGCUUUAGCACUUUAGAUCCAUCAACUAGCAAGUCUAAGUUGGAUCACAUCCGCAAGAAGAUAGAAAAGCUGUAUGGAGUUUAUAAGAAGAAUCCUGUGAACACCGCUGCAACUUCACAAGUUAUGGAGGAUAACCUACCAUCUGGAUAUGGUGUAAGUAACUUAUUCUGUUAUGUUCUUUGUCAUAUUAUCAGUUCUCUCUAUUCUUAUUAUGUUCUUUGUCAUAUUAUGUAG